GCGCCCGGUCGUCCUUCCUUUUGCCUCGCAAAGCAAACGGACAGCAGUGCCUCCAAACAAAGGGCGUGCUGCUAGCUUGCAAACCUACGCAUUUCCCAAACUGACCUCGCAUAUCAAAUCCUCCCGACGAUCUCGCGCGUCUUCCUCCCGACGCCAGCGCAAUUCCUCGCGAUCUUUUUUUUUUUGGUUCGAUCGAUGAUCCUUAUCCCGAUCGCCUCGAGUCAAAGCAUUCUAUAUAACGCACCCACCUGAGCUGCUGCGGGCUCACCAAACGCCAAGAUUCGUCGUCAUCUACCUCUCGCGCUCCAAGGCUGCACUGCACGCGUGCAAAGCUAGUUCCUGAGCAGCCAUGGCGACGGUGGAGGCGGCGUCUCCGGCGGGCUCCGGUCGGCGGCGCGUGCUGAUGUUCCCGCUGCCGUUCCAGGGCCACCUCACCCCGAUGCUGCAGCUGGCCGGGGCGCUGCACGCGCGGGGCGGCAGCGGCGGCCUGCUGGGCGUCACCGUCUUCCACGCCGCCUUCAACACGCCCGACCCGGCGCGCCACGCCGCAGCGGGGUUCCGCUUCGUCCCCGUCGGGGAGGGCGUGCCGUCGGGCGACCUCCUCCCGUCCGGCAGCGACGCGGACUUCGCCGGCGCGCUGCUGCGGAUCAACGACCGCCUCCAGGAGCCGUUCCGCGACCGCCUGCGCCAGGUGCUCGCCGAGGAGGAGGAGGGCGGCGGGGCGGCGGCGUGCCUGGUGGUGGACUCCAACCUGCGCGGGAUGCAGCUGGUGGCGGAGGAGCUCGGCGUGCCGACGCUGGUCCUGCGCACCGGCGCCGCCGCCUGCCUCGUCGCCUACAUGGCGUUCCCGGCGCUCUGCGACAAGGGCCUCCUCCCGCCGGCAUCCCAAGAUAAGGCCCAGUUGGACAUGCCAUUGGAUGAGCUUACACCACUACGGCUGGGAGACAUGGUGUUCUCGCCCACUACUACGCAUGCCAAUAUGGCAAGAUGCUUACGAGAUUUACUGGAUGCAGCAAGGAGUUCUUCCGGUGUCAUCCUCAACACCUUCCAAGACCUUGAGAGUUCAGACCUUCAAAAGAUCACCAAUGGCCUCGGUGUUCCCAUGUACACGGUAGGGCCACUUCACAAGAUCUCUUCAGGCACCGAGAGCAGCCUGCUAGCACAAGACCAGACUUGUCUAGAGUGGUUGGACAAGCAAGAGGCUGAUUCUGUUCUUUAUGUGAGCUUGGGGAGCUUGGCAUCUAUGGAUGAGAAGGAACUGUUGGAGACAGCAUGGGGCUUGGCCAACAGCCAGAGGCCGUUUCUGUGGGUGAUCCGUCAUAACAUGGUCAAGUCCUCACACGAGGUGAGCCUGCCCGAUGGCUUUGAGGAGGCGACACGUGGUAGGGGAAUGGUCGUGCCCUGGGCCCCACAGCAAGAAGUUCUUGCUCACCAUGCCGUUGGCGGCUUUUGGACUCACAAUGGGUGGAACUCGACUCUGGAGAGCAUUUGCGAGGGCGUUCCGAUGAUAUGCAGGCCCCAAUUUGCCGACCAGAUGAUAAACAUGAGGUACGUCCAAGAAGUGUGGAAGAUAGGAUUUGAGCUAGAAGGAGAGCUGGAGAGGGGGAAGAUCGAGAUGGCUAUUACCAAGUUACUAUGUACGGAAGAAGGUAGACAGAUGAGGCAGAGGGCCAAGGAUGUGAGGGACAAAGCGGUUAAGUGCAUUGAGGAAGAAGGCUCUUCCAAAUCCGCAAUAGAGUUGCUGCUGAAGCGCAUAAUGUCAUUCUAGAUAUAUAUUUUUUUCAUGUAUAUGAAGAAACUAUUGUUGUUAGAUGUGUUAUGUUGUUCCCAUAAAUUGGAAAAUGUUUUCAACCUAAUCAAAUUUUAUUAUUAUCUGCAUAGCUAAUUAAAACACGUGUAGAUGUAGUGGUCCGUCUAUAGGUUGACAUGUUGUUCUUUUUGUAAUCA